UGUUAUUCAAGUGAUCUUCGUAGUAAUAUUUUUUGAAAUUAAAGGGUACAAAAAUCGCGGCGAAAAUACAUCAAUUCCUUGACCUGGAUUCAGAAAAUCGUGUUAGUGUCCAUUUCUAAGGAUUUAAUAAAUAAGAACGAAUAUGAUUGAACAUUUAAGUAAAUUUAUACAAAAAUGAAUGAAUAUAUCGACAAGGGAUAAUAGAUAAACUAGGGGGUGAGCAUUUAUAGAACCUACCUUCCAUGUCGUACAACAUUAUGUGUACAGCGUGAAUGAGACGAAUAAAAUAACAUCAAAAUUAAUUAUGAUUCCUUUAAUCAAGUACAUUUACUUGAAAAGAAUUGCAUUAUUAUCAGUGUAUAAAACUGAUGAUGAAGUUAAUUAUUAUUUAAUACGAUUAAUGUGAAAUUAACAAUUUUUCAUAUGACUAUAAUCUUAUAAUUAGAAUUGUAAUCAUGAAGUAAUGAGAUUGGCUAUAUUAUAAGAGAUGAUUCUAAUGCUCGACUAACGUGACUAUAAAUAAUACGUGCAAUGCACAAAAAUGUGGAUUAUUCUUGGAACAGAAUUGAUGUUAUAUCGGAGAUAGCGUUCGUUGAGAGAACUCUUACAGACAAGCUUAAGUGGUACAUUAUUACAAUGCAUAAUGUACAAAUAAAUAAUAUCGUUUAGCCUUAUUUCAAAUGGAUUGUAAAUAUUUGUGUUCUACAACACACAUAUCUGAGAUUUAAUUGUACGGUAUUUAUAUUACAUAAUAUGUAAUUAUCUAGUAUUUGCUGCAAAUUCAGAAUUUUUAUUAUGAUGCAAAAAAAUAUUUGCUUAUGAUAAAUUGUAUAAUUUAAUGUUAAAAAGAGAUUUGAUAAAAUUAUACCUAUGGGUGUCUCAAAGAUGCUUAAACGUUUGUUAUAUACAAAUUUUGUAUUAUGCGGUUCGAAGGCCAUAGGAAUUUUGGCACCCUUAACAAUACCUCCUUUACACAUAGCUUUUUUAUAUUAUUUUUGGCAAGAAUACACACGUGAUGUUGACAAACAAUAUUGUUCAUGUUCGUGCUGGGAUACGGUGUUUAAAGGAUCAUAUGAAUCAGGAAUUGCCUCUUAUAAGCAUAUGUACUUUAAUGCUACUAUGAAUAGUUUAAAAAUAUGGAUUACCAUAGUUAUCGGUGUUGUUACUUUCUAUGAAACAGUUAAGUACUUAAUAUGGUUGGCGUUUCAACAGCGCCUCAGACAUAGUAUGAUGUUACUUUUUUCAACCGCUAUUUUCUCACAUUAUUACUCAUGGUGGGUGUAUAUUAAUUAUUGGAACGACGAUUUCUACUCUCAGUGGUAUCAUCAACUAUUUUUUUCUAUCACUGAGUUGAUAUCAACCUUCCUGGUUGUUCACUUGGCAGACAAAAAACAUCUUAUAACUCACAGAAAAGCAUUUGGAAUAAUUGCCAUUGCAAUUUUGCAUAUUGUAGCCGGUGGUUGGGAUCAGUUCGUUGCCAAUGUUGUAAGAGGAGAAGGAUAUGCUCACCAGGUUGUACGAGAUUUGGGAUUUAUGAUCCCUGAUAUUCUUCAUGUUGCUGUUCCUCUGUGGUCCAUGCAGUGGAAGAAUGCUUAUAAUCUUCCAGGAUCUAGUACACGAGAUCCUAGCAUUAGAAGAGAUCUUGCUUAUAUGUUAGGCAUGAUAUUAAUAGGACUAUGUGUUUGUGCCAUUUUAUAACAUGGUAAAUCAAACUUCAAAACGUGGUAGUGUCCUCAAAGUUAGGAAGAAUAUCUUCAUUGUUUCUAUGUUUCUAUUGCUUUUUGAAAAAGCUUUUCAAAAAUCUCAUAACUUUAAUAUUUAAUGUUUCGAUUGAAAGUAAUGAUACUAAUUGUGAACACUUAUCAAGUAGCGAUCAAAAAAUAAUACUAUUAUUUAUUUCAUUGAAAAUAUCAUAUUUUUGAUGUUUGACUGAAAUUUUAGCUUAAAUAGCGUAUUUGUAGGAUAUGUAGAAGAAACAUCCAAAGAUUUGAAAUCAAAAUCAUUUGAAAUAUUUUUGUUACCUCAAUAGUACAAAUAGUUACAUUCAUUUAUUCCCUUUCUAAGUAGAAUAUAUUAGAUAAACGCUUUUUAGUUUUGUAUUCGUAGGAAUGUAAGUGACACAACUUAUGACUUCCAUAGAUUGCGUUUUACCCUAUUAGCACAAUCAUAUCAUGUAUAUAGAAUUCUUCAGAAAAAACAUUUCUUAACUAAUUAGUAUAUAUUAAUCUUUUAACUUGGAAUAAAAGAUAAUUUUUCAAAUGGCUAUAAAAGUAGUUUAAACAGAUAUGAUAUGAUAAAUAUGAUUUUGUUAAAAAAAUAUCUUAGUUUUUAGAGUUACCCUCACAUCAUUAAUAUUUUUAUAAUAUUUCGUCCCCCCUUUCAUUAUCUUAAACAAUAGCUAUAUAUUAAAACUUAGCAGUCUGUUAUUUUGUAGAUGGAUUUAGAAUGAACAGUGAAAUCGUUUGUAAUCUUAUGAAUGUAUUUAUUGCACGAUAAGUGUGGCUAUACUUAUAGUAAUUAGUAUUAAAUCAUCAUAAUUUUGAAAAAGGAUAAAAGUCAAUUGAAAAAUGAUAUCAAGGGAUAACAUAUCAUUGUGUAUCCAUUUAAUAUGCUCUCUGUUGAAGAUAAGAAAAUAGAGGUAAUAUCAAAGUGAACACGGUAUAAUUGGUAUUAUAUUGAAAAUGGAAUAUUUGGUAAAGGAGGCUUAAUAUUUGAAGUGCCUAACAACACUGCGCAGUAACUAUAUCGGUUACUGUUACUCAUUGUCUGUAUAUCGAGUGCCAGAAUGAUAUUGUAAGUUUGUCUCAUAUAUAAGUGCCAAGACAACAAUGCAAUGAAAUAUAAUGCAACAAACGUGAAGUAAAGAAGAAAGC